GGCAUCCCACUGAUGCCAGCAAGCCACAGGGUAAUCUUCACUGCCUCCUGGAUGCAAGGCCAGGCCUUCUUCCGUGAGCUUUGCCACUUUCUUCUUUAUGAAUCAAGUUCUCCCAGGCAACGGUAAACUCUACAGGUGCUUAGGUGCCUGCAGGACCUCCAGAUGGGAUAGAGUCGGAAAGUGGCCUUUCGUCUCAGUUACCUUGGCUGUGGGCUUUAUAUGCACAAAGAGACACUGAUGAAAAGCGUGCAACAGAAAAUGCCAUGGGAGGAUUUCUUGUAGCCCUUGAACCGGCUGCUUAGCCAGGGAUGGUGUUGAACUUCUGCUCCUCCUGCCUCCAUCUCACAAGUGCUGAGCUGCAUUCCCCACCACCGCCACCCAGAUUCAUGUUCUCACUGCCAUUGAGGACAGCUCGCUCCUGAAUUCUCUCAGUAUGCCCAGACCCAAGCCUGGCUCUGAGUGUUCCAAGAUCCCUGCACAGCCGUUAUGACGCAGCCAUGGUAGGAAGCAUGAGACAUUGAGAUGGAGAGACACUCGGAGAUUCAGCACGGUGGCCAUCUCCCUCAGCCUUACAUGCUAUGACGAACCUUCUUGCUUCCAUGGGACAGCCUAAUAAUCAAAAGGUUAAGCUUCACUGGUCAGGAGGAACCACGGGCCCCCAGAAGUGAAUAAAAACCCCCGAGCCUCACCAGCACCGACCACCUUCCACACUGCUGGCCACUCGACCAUGCGAUCCCGUUCCUUCCUGCCUGUCCUCUUCCUCUUUGUGAUGAUGAUGCUGAGAGGAAAGGCUGGCCUUGUCCCAGGGGAAAAGCAGUGCAUUUCGUUGAAAGGAAUAUGCAAAGACCUAGCGUGCACAUCCUCAGACGAUACUAUUGGCGUAUGUAACGACGUGAAGAAGUGUUGUAGGAAGUGGUGGGUGUUUGAACCCUACCCAACACCCGUUCCCAAAGGAAAGUCUCCUUAGAGGGAAGAACAUGAUAAGCCCUUCAAACUCCAGAAAACAUGGACGAGCUCUGCAGAGUUCUGCUUACUACACUCACCUUCUCCCUUGCCUGCAAAUAAAUAUCCUGCGUCCGUA